CCGGCUCUCAGUGACUAGUGGAGGUGCCGCGCUGUCCGCGUUAGUUCCCUGUGGUGGCCGCCGGGCGGAGAGCCCACCCCGCGUCCCGGGCCGAGGAGACCUGGGAAGGAGCCGCGGCCCGCUCCGGAGUGCACUGGCGACUCUGUUCCUCGGCUUGCUGCUGUGUCGGGGAAGCGGGUGCCGGCGCCGAGGGGGCCCCCUCCCGACCGCGACCCCCUUCCCCGGCUCCCCCGCCCACCCUGCCGGGGGAGGGUGGAGGAAGAUGCCGGUGAAGAAGAAGAGAAAAUCCUCCGGGGUGGCAGCGGCCGUGGCGGAGGACGGAGGCCUCAAGAAGUGUAAAAUCUCCAGAAUGUGAAGAAAGGAGCAGAGCCUGCGGAAUCUUAACUACUGCCUUGGGAAUGGCCGAAAGGAAAACUAAGCUAAUUGGCGUCCGGACUAUUGCAGACCCCAGCCCCCUGCUAGACUAAUAAGUGGAGAGGAAGCAUUUUCAAGAAAGAAGUGCCUGGCUUGGUUUUAUGAGUAUGCAGGUCCUGAUGAAGUUGUAGGGCCAGAAGGAAUGGAAAAAUUUUGUGAAGACAUUGGUGUUGAGCCUGAAAAUAUUAUUAUGUUAGUUUUAGCGUGGAAAUUGGAGGCUGAAAGCAUGGGAUUUUUUACCAAGGAAGAAUGGUUAAAGGGAAUGACUUCAUUACAGUGUGACUGCACAGAAAAGUUACAGAACAAAUUUGACUUUUUGCGCUCACAGUUGAAUGAUAUUUCAUCGUUUAAGAAUAUAUACAGAUAUGCCUUUGAUUUUGCAAGGGAUAAAGAUCAGAGGAGCCUCGAUAUUGAUACUGCUAAGUCUAUGUUAGCUCUUCUGCUUGGGAGAACAUGGCCACUCUUUUCAGUAUUUUACCAAUACCUGGAGCAAUCAAAGUACCGUGUUAUGAACAAAGAUCAGUGGUAUAAUGUCUUAGAAUUCAGCAGAACAGUCCACGCUGAUCUUAGUAACUACGAUGAAGAUGGCGCUUGGCCCGUUCUUCUUGAUGAAUUUGUUGAGUGGCAAAAAGUUCGCCAGUCAUCAUAGCAAGAACUGUUAUGAAGAAAAUGCAAACUUUUGAUUUCCACGUGUAUACAAGUUAAUGAGAAAAGAAUAACAAUCCAAAGGGGUGCAUUUUCAUUCAUGUGAAAGACUUCUCAUAGUAAUUUUUUUUUCCUUUUUUUUAAAGGAAGUUUUCUUGUUACAUGUGAUGGGCAUUGAGCCUCACCUCUUCUGAGACUGAAUAUUGAUGUUUUGUUUCAAGUUAUGUUUUUAACAUUUAUUUCAGAACAAUAAAGGUUCCGAUUUGUGACAAAGGCCUUAAAGUGAAAA